AUACACAUGUUUUUUUUGUUUUUUUUGGAGAGGAUCAUACACAUGGGUUGGGUUACGAUGUCACAUUGCUACCAAAUUUAUGGAAACGUGUGUGUUGGGGAUAGUCUUAGUCAUUGAUUGGUCACGUACCCUAUUUCAACAUUCAUCACAGUAUAUAAUCAUUGGUUUGCUAAUGAUUCAUCUCUCUCAGAUUGCAGAAAUAAAUUGAAUUUUUAGAGUUCAUUUGAAGCAUAAGAAGAAAAUCAAAAUCAAAGAUGGGUUUUCUACAACUUUUGGAAGUGGCUUCCAUGCCAGUUAUUCAAGUCCUACUUAUUAGUGCAUUGGGAGCUUUCAUGGCUACUCAGUAUUUCAACAAUCUUCUUUCACCAGAUUUUAGGAAAUCCUUGAACAAGGUUGUGUUCAUUGUAUUCACUCCUUCACUCGUGUUUGCAAGUUUUGCAAAGAGUGUUUCGCUUGAAGAUAUGAUAUCAUGGUGGUUUAUGCCUGUUAAUGUUGGACUCACCUUCUUGAUUGGAGGGAUUUUAGGAUGGAUAUUGGUAAAAUUACUAAGGCCUAAUUUGAAAGUGGAAGGUCUUAUUAUUGCUUCAUGUUCAUCAGGAAACAUGGGUAACCUACCUAUUGUAAUUAUCCCAGCAAUAUGUAAUGAGAAAGGAGGUCCGUUUGGUGCACGCGAUGUUUGCCACAGUAAUGCACUCUCGUAUGCAUCUUUCUCUAUGGCACUUGGUGGUAUCUUCAUAUGGACCUAUACUUAUCAAACUAUAAAAAGCAGAUCAUUGAAAUUUAAGGCACUUGAGGCUGCUGAGAUCCUAAAGGCACCAAACAAAGAUCUUGAUGGUAAUGCAGAUACUCCCCUUCUAAAGGGAAAAGACAAUGAAAAUACAGCGAUUGAAGUGUCACCAUCGAGUUAUAUUGAAGACUCUGAAAGUCAAAUUAUUGAUGAACAAGAUCAGUCAAUUGUAUUGAAGAAGGAGAAACAAUCAUUUUUCAAUAGAAUGAUAGAAGUUCUAAGUCAUCUUCUAGCAGAACUAAUGUCACCACCAGCAAUUGCUACAUUUUUCGGUUUCCUCUUCGGCGCGGUUGCAUGGUUAAGAAACCUAAUAAUCGGUGACAAUGCUCCAUUUAGUGUUAUCCAAGACACUCUUGAAUUACUUGGGAAUGGAACAAUUCCCUGCAUCACCCUUUUACUAGGUGGUAACCUCACUGCAGGGUUGAAAUCAUCAAGUGUAAAACCAUUGACACUGAUCAGCAUCAUUAUAACUAGGCUUUUCGUACUACCUGUUAUUGGAUUGUUUAUUGUGAAAGCCGUGGCGAGUUUCGGCAUUCUCCCAGUGGAUCCUUUGUUUCAGUACACUUUGGUGAUGCAGUAUGCAAUGCCACCAGCAAUGAACAUUAGUACAAUGGCUCAGCUGUUUGAUGUAGGAAAUGAAGAGUGUUCAGUUAUUCUGUUGUGGACAUAUAGUGCUGCAGCCAUAGCUCUCACUUCUUGGUCAACAUUUCUGCUCUGGCUAUUAUCUUAAUUGAGCUGCAUUCAGCUAAUAAUGCCGUAAAACAAAAUUAAGAGUCUGACAUGAUUAGUUUUCAUGUCCCUCCAAAAUUCCUUCAUCUUAUUCCUACCCAUAUGAAUUUUUGCACCCUUCUAUAGGAAAAAAUAUACUAUUUAUUGAAAAAUGUAAAGUGUAUUUUUUAUGUAAUUGUCCACUAGUCCUGUAUUUGAAAC